GAAGGCCAGCCGCGCACCCGCAAAGCGCGGGUCACGUGCGCGAACAGGGCCGGACCACCGAGUCAGUCCUCCAGCCUCCUAGAGCGGCCUCGGAAGUGCCCCCGCGGCGCGGGUCUUUCCGGCCGGGCAGUCCGCGCUUUUGUCCCGCCGGCGGCCGGGCUACCGCGGCGCCGCCACAGCCAUGUCACAUUUGAAGACAAGCAUGGAGGAUGAGGAAUCAGCUAAAAAGAAUGAAAGUAAUUCAAAUACAGACUCUCAGUGCACAAAUGUGGAAAUUCUUCACAAGGAUCAUAUGCAGAAAUCUAAGUUCGACGACACUUGUGUUUGUGUAGAGAAGCAAUUGGAAAGUCCUGAAUGGAAAAUGAAGGAAGACAAAAGUAGCAUCAGAGAAAAGAUUGACAAAUCGAAGAACACAGAAAAUAUAAAAAUAGAACAGGAUGAUGAGGCAUCUGAGAAAAGUCCCCACUGUACCCAAAAGUCUGCACUGUACCCAAGUGCAGAUACCAUGUACCAGACUAUCCCUACAGAACCAAGAAUUAGUGAACAAGGUGAACACGUGGAGAACAUUAAUGGAAACUUGCACCCUACUCCACAGCAGAAAUCUACCGCUGUUAAGAAAUCACAUAAGUGUGAUGACUGUGGAAAAUCCUUUAAAUACAACUCUCGCCUUGUUCAACAUAAACUUAUGCACACUGGAGAAAAGCGCUAUGAGUGCGAGGACUGUCGGGGAACUUUUCGCAGCAGUUCCAGCCUUCGAGUCCAUAAGCGCAUCCAUACUGGAGAGAAGCCCUAUAAGUGUGACGAAUGUGGGAAAGCCUACAUGUCCUACUCUAGCCUUAUAAACCACAAAAGCACCCAUUCUGGGGAGAAGAACUGUAAAUGUGAUGAAUGCGGAAAAUCCUUCAAUUAUAGUUCUGUUCUGGACCAACACAAAAGGAUCCACACUGGUGAGAAGCCAUAUGAAUGUGGUGAGUGUGGAAAGGCCUUCAGGAACAGUUCUGGUCUGAGAGUCCACAAAAGGAUUCACACGGGGGAGAAGCCCUAUGAAUGUGACAUCUGUGGGAAAACUUUCAGUAAUAGCUCUGGUCUGAGGGUCCACAAAAGGAUACAUACAGGUGAGAAACCCUAUGAAUGUGACGAAUGUGGGAAGGCAUUCAUUACAUGCAGAACACUUCUGAAUCAUAAAAGCAUCCACUUUGGUGAUAAACCUUAUAAAUGUGAUGAGUGUGAGAAAUCUUUUAAUUACAGCUCUCUUCUCAUUCAGCAUAAAGUCAUCCACACUGGUGAGAAACCUUAUGAAUGUGAUGAAUGUGGGAAGGCCUUCAGGAACAGCUCAGGCCUCAUAGUGCAUAAAAGGAUCCACACAGGAGAGAAACCAUACAAGUGUGAUAUCUGUGGCAAAGCAUUUAGCUAUAGUUCAGGCCUUGCAGUCCAUAAAAGCAUUCAUCCUGGAAAGAAAGCCCAUGAAUGUAAGGAGUGUGGCAAGUCCUUUAGUUAUAACUCACUUCUUCUUCAACAUAAAACCAUUCAUACUGGAGAGAGACCUUAUGUAUGUGAUGUGUGUGGCAAAACAUUCAGGAACAAUUCAGGUCUCAAAGUCCAUCGGAGGCUCCAUACUGGGGAAAAACCAUACAAGUGUGACGUGUGUGGGAAGGCCUAUAUCUCACGCUCAAGCCUUAAAAAUCACAAAGGAAUCCACAUGGGGGAGAAGCCCUAUAAAUGCAGCUAUUGUGAGAAAUCCUUCAACUACAGUUCUGCCCUUGAACAGCAUAAAAGGAUUCAUACAAGGGAGAAACCCUUUGGGUGUGAUGAGUGUGGAAAAGCCUUCAGAAACAAUUCAGGCCUUAAAGUACAUAAACGAAUCCACACAGGGGAGAGACCUUAUAAAUGUGAAGAAUGUGGGAAAGCCUAUAUCUCACUCUCAAGCCUUAUAAAUCAUAAAAGUGUACACCCUGGGGAAAAGCCCUUUAAGUGUGACGAGUGUGAGAAAGCCUUCGUCACGUACCGAACCCUUUUAAACCACAAAAAGAUUCAUCUUGGAGAAAAGCCCUACAAAUGCGAUGUGUGUGAGAAAUCUUUUAACUACACCUCACUCCUUUCUCAACACAAAAGAGUUCAUACUAGAGAGAAACCCUUUGAAUGUGACAGGUGUGAGAAGGUCUUCAGAAACAACUCAAGCCUUAAAGUUCAUAAAAGAAUACACACUGGGGAGAAGCCCUAUGAGUGUGAUGUGUGUGGAAAAGCCUACAUCUCACACUCAAGCCUUAUUAACCAUAAAAGUACGCACCCUGGCAAGACACCCUAUACAUGUGAUGAAUGUGGAAAAGCAUUUUUCUCAAGUAGAACUCUUAUAAGCCAUAAGAGAGUCCAUCUUGGGGAAAAACCCUUCAAAUGUGUUGAGUGUGGGAAAUCGUUUAGCUACAGCUCACUUCUUUCCCAACACAAGAGGAUCCACACAGGGGAGAAACCUUAUAUAUGUGAUUGGUGUGGGAAGGCCUUCAGGAACAGCUCAGGCCUCACAGUGCAUAAAAGGAUCCACACAGGUGAAAAACCCUACGGAUGUGAUGAAUGUGGAAAGGCAUACAUUUCACACUCAAGUCUUAUCAAUCAUAAAAGUGUUCACCGUGGAAAGCAGCCCUAUAAUUGUGAGUGUGGGAAAUCUUUCAAUUACAGAUCUGUCCUUGACCAACACAAAAGGAUCCACACUGGAAAGAAGCCAUACCGAUGUAAUGAUUGUGGGAAGGCAUUUAAUAUCAGAUCAAAUCUUACCAAGCAUAAAAGAAUCCAUACCGGAGAGGAAUCUUUUAAUAUGGCAAAUAUGGAAAGUCAUAGUGGCACAUUCCAGAAGAUAAUCUACUAUGAGGGAGGGAAUGCUCUGGAGGGGACCAGGAUGCGGAUGAUGCCUGUGCCUAUAUGGGAGGCACAGCCUACCAAGUCUCAAAGAAAUCAAAUAGAAGAAAAACUUUAUGAAUGUAAGAAUUUCUGAGAUCCUUACUCAUGGCUUACAAUUUUUAUAGUAUAAGUGGAAGAAUUCUAAAUAAUGAUGAACAAUUCUUUAUACAUGAUUCAGUCAUAGCAAUGACAGUUCUAGUGCCACAAUAGUUGAGCCCUUUAGGAAUACAAAAUACCACUAGAUAGAAAACCUUUCAAAGUGAUGGAACAUUUAAUAAACAUCCUCCCAAAUAGGCAUACAUUUCUGGACAUAAAACAUGAAGGUAAAGGACUUCAGUUAGAAAUCAUAUUCACCAUUACAAAGAUGCUAUUUGGAUAAAUGAGUAAAUAAGAAUGUAGAAAAUCUGGUAUAAUUUUGAACUCUAUACUUUGGUCAGUAUAAAAAUCCAAGAAGGGUCACUAAUAGGCAAAUUCAGGGAGAGAAUGGUUUCAGGGAAUACCAGUUUAUUAGUAGUCACGAAUUAUAGACUUAACAAUUGUUUGUGGUAGGGAGAUGACAACUUCUGAAACAAUUUAGAUGUCCUAGGAAAAGAAAAGGCAUAGUCAGAUCGGUGGUAUAGUCACAUUAAAAUGCAGAUUUGUUGGAAUAGACUAUUACACUAAUUGAACUGGUAAGACCAAGUGAACUCCCUUAAUAAGUAAUACAUAUGAUAAUGAAAGCCUGGGAGGUGGCAUUCACACAUACUAAGAAUGGAAAGGAUUUCAGUAUCUUCAGUAAGUAGUGGAACACAUCUUCACUAUGAGUUUGCACCUUACAGAAAAAAAUUCAGGGAAUCCUAUGAAUUAAAAAAAUGUUUCAACAGGUGUUUUUAUUACAAGGGCAAAGUAAGUAUCAGUAAUUAGGAGGAGGAAGUUCCUGUUUUUAAAACAAUAUUAAGUGUUUCAGAAAGUUAUAAAGAUUUCAUGUACUAAUGUGUAUAUUGUCUGUUGUAAAAUAUGAAUAUGUUCAGAACUCGCUUUGCCAUAAAGGGCAGGUAGUUAUGGUAAGGUAAGGCAAAACCCCAAUAAAGAAAUGCCUCAAGUGUAACUAGGCUGUGGCUUACUUUAGAUGGAAUAAAGAGCCAUUUGUGUGUCAUAUCUUUCCUUGUAAGUGGUACAAGAUAGCCAGAAAGUUUCUUAUCUGUGAAGAUUCAUCCACCAGGCUAAUAUCUGAGGUUUCAACAGAACUUAGAUCAUGCUUAUCUCAGGGGAAAACAGAUGAAUUUUUGAAGAGACCAUGGAAAAAACUCUGAUGAUGAUACUGAGGCUGGAUUAUAAUUUGUUAGAGGGGGUAGGCUGUGUGAGUUGAGUGAUCUGUCACUAUACAAUUCAUUAUAAACAGAAUUUAAUACAAAAUAUUACUAACUGUAGCAGUAAACAUUAGGUAUCUGAACAGUAAAAGCAGACUUUCUGAGUUGAGCUCCACUCAUAGUAUUUGGUCAAGUUAUUAGUACCAGGUGAAGUUUCAGUUUGUUCUCAGGCUUCAGAGUCUACAGUCAUUACAAAAGACAGUUUCUAGCCAGAUCCAUAUUUCUUUAAGGAUUCCUGUCUCACAAAAUGAUUCCCAUGUCUCCCUCUGGGAGUACUAGAAAGUACUUUGUUUCUACUUCUAAAUUACCACUAGUAAGUUUUGAAAGAUGAGGUGAAAAAAGGGAAAACAUCGUUACCCCUCAAUUCUUUUAGUAUAAAGCCCACACUUAACAUUAUUUUCUGCACAAGACACUGGUAAAUUUGACCCUAUCCACAGAUUUAGUUUACUCAGCAAAUAUUUGUUGAGAAUCUGCUAGGUACAGCCCACUGUCCUAGGCACUAAGUAGGGAAAAGUGAGCAAGAAUUAGUUAAGACUAUGAACGAACCAUUCUUGAUAGACACACAUAUGCAUGGCCUAACUUCUAAAAGUGUUCGGAGAAAAUUGACCAUAGCUAACCAGAAAGAGAGGUAUAGAUACUGGUUUCUUCUGAUGAGUGGGAAGUAGAAUAUCCUGAAUAAAGGGAGCAGAGCAAGUGUUGAGGAAUCCUCCAGAGUGGCUGUGUUGUGGUAGGCAGAAAGACCAGACUCUCCAUUCCCAGUAGCUGUUGAGGAAGGGGAUUACAUUUCAUUUGCUAAAGAAAAGACCACUUUUCAUGUGCCUUAUGGCCAAAGUAGCUAGUGUACUUGUGGCUUGAGUUCCAUUCCUCUCACACUCCCCCCCCCCCCCCCCCCCCCCCCCCCCCCCCGUGUGAACUCCAUCUCGACCUAAGGUACUACCUAGUUUCAAGGAUGACACGGGUUAAAUACAAAUACUGAGGUUGACCUCCUUUCAGAAAAGAUUGUGAGUUUUGUGGUGCUGUGGAUCAGACAAAGUAGAUUUACGCAUACUAUGCAAGUGUUCUACCAGUGAGGUACGUUCCUGGCUCUGGUCACUUUUUUUUUUUAAGUUUUAAUCUUUAUUUUUAAUUAUGUGUAUGUAUGGGGCUAUGUGCUUGUGAAUGUAUGUGUCUAGGAAGCUGGAGGCAUUCCACUUGAGCUGGAGUUGUAAGUACUUGUAUGCUACCUGAUAUGGAUGCUGGGGACCAAAUUUGAGUCCUCUUGGAGAGCAGUACAAACCCUUAACUACUGAGCCAUCUUUCUAACCUACUUUUAGCUUGGCAUCCUGAUCACCCCAGUACACUGAAUGCUGGGGAAAACUACUGCAGCCCCCAACUAUUCAGAGAUGGGAAGUAAAUAGGCUAGAGGCCUCUUGGCCUAGCCUUGAGUAUUAUAUGUAGGGCCAGGUAAAUGAUACUUAGGUGAACUCAGAUGUAUAUGGGUCUCCUGGUUUCUAGUUGUCCCAUCGGGACAUCAUGCUUCAGAUUCAAUUCAAUGAGUUUAUUGUAGAUAAGCCUGUUUGGGCCAGAUGAAUGUGAGAUUAGUGAUCAUACUUGCCUUUUAUAGUAAAUGAUAUGCAAGAAGAAAACAAAAAGUGAAAAUGUUAACUUGUAAGUGAAUAUAUAUACACACAUAUAUAAUAUAUAUACAUAUAUAUACACACACACACACAUACACAAAUAUAUAUAUUUGGUUUUUCAAGACAGGGUUUCUCUGCGUAGCUUUGCUUUGUGUCUUUCCUGGAACUCACUCUGUAGCCCAGGCUGGCCUCGAACUCACAGAGGUCUGCCUGCCUCUGCCUCCUGAGUGCUGGGAUUAAAGGCGUGCACCACCACCGCCUGGCCGAAAUGUAUUUUUAAAGUUUGCAAGGUUAAGAGAAUUGGCAUGGUGAAAAGUAAAUUGGAAUCUGGAAGAUCAGAGGCCUAAAGUGCUUUUAUCUAGGAACAGGGACAAGAGACUUAAUUUUAGUUUGUAUGAAGUUAAGUGUGUUUGGAAGGUGGCAUAGACAUGUUAACAGGAUAAAGAUAACUUUAAAAAUCUAGGAAGAAAAACACCAAUGUAAAAAACUAACAGACAUUCUGUUUCUGGUAGAGGUGGGCUAAGAUAUUUGGGUCAAUUUUCAAUUUCCACUGAAAAUGAAAAAUAAUGUAAUUUUUAAAGGCACGUAGUAGUAUCCUGUCUUUAGUACAUUGGCUACUAUAACAAAUUGUAGACUGCAUAAUUAGAAAUAACUAUUUACAAUUCUGGAGGCUUGCAAGUGUAAUAAUGGGGCACCCUCAGGUUACAUGUCUGGUUAGGAUCCAUUUCCUGAGUCAUAGAAGGGGCGUCAGUGCACCACAUAUAGAUCAAGGGGUCUUGAGCCUCCUUUAUAGGAGCACCAAUACCAUAUAUGAGUACUCCACCCUCUUGACUUAAUCACUUCCCAAAGGCCCAACUUUAUAAUACAUUGAUGAUUAAGUUUCUACAUAAAAAUAUGGGGGGUUGGCAGUGAACAUGUAGAUACCUCAAGAGAGCACUGAGGCUGGAAAGACAGUGGACAAUCCAAGACAGUUUAAGAAUAGGAUCCUGGGGGCUGGAGAGAUGGCUCAGAAGUUAGGACUUACUAUUGCAGAGGACCCACACCACGUUUGGUUCUCAGCACCCACUUGGGAGGCUCACAACCUUCCAUAACUUCAGCUUUAGGGAUUUUUUAAUGCCUCUGGCCUUAAUGAACCCACUUUUCUGGAGGUGGUUGGUCCUCUAGACAGGCCUGCCACAGUCUCAUUGGAUUGACCAUUAAGACAAGAGCAUGUCUCUACCUAAAAGUAGAUUCCAUUCCAUUUAGAGUCAACAUUUCUUCUCAAGCCAUGAGUUGUGUUUGUUGUACUUAGAAAGCAGCAAACCCCACGCAAAGAAGCAACAAAAUUUGGUGGCUGAAAGUAGGGUUUUGUCACCAGGAAACCUGGAUUUAAAAGAGAAUUCUUGGCUGGGCAGUGGUAGCACACGCCUUUAAUCCCAGCACUUGGAAGGAAGAAUUAGGCAGAUCUCUGAGUGUUUGAGGCCAGCCUGGUCUACAAAAUGAGUUCCAGGACAGCCAGGGCUACACAGAAACCCUGUCUCGAAAAACCAAAAAAUAAAAAAGACUCUCACUCCCAGAUGGCUCCCGGCCAGUAACUAAACCACUUAUGUUGAUGUAUCCUCACCUGUUUUGUCAGGAUAAUAGCUCAAAGGUAAAGAGAUUAGAAAAAUCAGCAUAAUUGCAGACCCAGGAAGAGUGCCUGAAGUGAGAAAAGUGUAAAUGAGGGUAUAUCAAGUAUGGCUGGCCAAAUAGUAGCUCUUUUCCAAGCAUUGUGGAACAUCAAGACACUGAGGUAAUAGAAGGCAAUUCUUAACUGAAACUCAAGAAAAAUUCCCCAAGGUCUAUGCCAUAUACAGAUAAAAUGAAAAGAGGUAAGAAAACCAAGAUUUGGGGUCUGUUUUCUCAGUGAUUAACUUGCUCUUAAAAAAAAUCUAUUGUUCUGAGCAAGUGUGCUUUAUUUUUUGCCAGAGGGGUUCAGCAAGAAGAGCUCCAACUUGAGUCUGGCAAUGGACACUAUUAGAUGAACUGAAGGAUGUGGGAAUUUUCAUCUUUGGUUUAGGCAGCCUUAGUCAACCUAGAUACUCAUGUAUGCACAUUUUGCCUCUCCCCCUUCAGGCUUUUGUUGUUAACUGUGAUGAUUUUUUUUAACUUGGUUAUUCUCAGAUAUGCUAGAGAGUAUACAAAAAGAGUUAGUGAGUGCCAAGCACCCAUUAUCUUAACUAUGGCUGUUUUUUAGUAAGUGCCCAUUAAGGUCUAAAAAGAUAGGAGAUCCUGGUGUUGUUAGGGACUCACUGAAGAGGGCAGACAAAAUUCCUCUGGUCUAAGAUACAAACCUAGGGCCAACAUUCCAGUCAAUGCAAUGAUUAGGAAUUUGUUUCCUGUCCUGCAUGCAAUUUUCUCAUCUGUAAAACACAAUUCUUUAAGGGUUAAUGAAAAAGGGCAAACAGAAUUGCUCAGUGAGUAAAGACACUUGCUGUUAUACCUGACAGCCUGAGUUUGAUCCCUGGGACACAUGGUCAAAAAGAGAGGACUCCUGCAAAUUGUCUUUUGACUUCCACACAUGUGCCCACAUACAUAUACACAUGUGGAUGGCCUGGGAAUUGAAUUCAGGCCAUUAGGCUUUGCAGCUAGCACUUUUACACACUGAGCCAUCUCGGGCCCUUGUUUUUGUUGUUUAGAGACAGCUCUCAUAUGUUUACUUCACUAGUUUGGAAUUUGCUGUAUCGAUGAGGCUAGCCUCCAGCUUGCGAUCUUUCUGCCUCUGCCUCCUAAGUGCUGGGAGUUUUAGAUAUGUAGCACUACUAAAUAAAGCUCCACUCUCGAUGAAGCCUAUGUUUUCUGUUAAAAAUACCAUUCAGACAGCUGCUUGCAGAGUUUCUGUGAUGCAGCACUGUCUGCUCAUCCCCUGCGCUCUAACACCCUUUUCCAUCUUUCUCUCUCUUCUAGUCACUGGUCAAAACCUAAGCAUGCUGCCCUGACACUGUCUGUCUUACUCUUUCUCCUAAGCUCUCGCUUCUGCCAUGCAGCUAGCUGCCUUAUGACCUCCAUUGCUAAACUUGUCUGCUUUCUUGGACACUAACUCAAAAGGCAUGGUGAGCUCUCUUCCUCUCCUUGUAUUUCCCACCCUGUCAGCUGCCACAACUUUCAGCUUGCCUUUCCUGUUUUUUUUUCUUUCGAACUCUAAUAAUACUGUCUUUGAGCUUCAAAAAAAUACUAUGUAGACAUUAUUGUUAAAUUGAAUAAUGUUUUUUCUUAUUUUCAAAAGUUCAAAGCUAUGAAGAAGAAAAUAAGCAUUAAUGAAAAAGAAAACAACAAAGCCAGGUGACGGCACACACCUUUAAUCCCAGAAUUCAGAAGGCAGAGGCAGGCAGAUCUCUGAGUUCGAGGCCAGCCUAGUCUACAGAGCGAGAUCCAGGACAGGCACCAAAACUCCACAGAGAAACCCUGUCUCAAAAAUCAAAAAAAAAAAAAAAAAAAAAAAAAAUAGAGACCAGUAAAGUCAAGGCUGGCACUUCAAGUGUAGGAAAUUUGAUAAACUUCUGGUGUGAUUGAACAAGAAAAACCAGAAAAGUAUGAAUAAUCUAAGUUAGAAACGAAAAGGAGGGAAUCAUAGUAGACAUUCCAUAAGAAGUCAGGAGUUUAUUUUUAGACAUUCUUAACAUUUGGAUGUCCUAGUUAGAGCUUUGUUAUUUUACUGUGUUCAAAAAACAUACUCUGUAUUUGCUGUCCUUAAAAAUGUGCCGAGACUUGCUUUAGGCCCAGCAUGCUUUUCCUUUAGUGAGGGUUCACAGCAUUGGAAAAGAACAUGUGUUCUGCACAUGCUGGAUGUGGUCACCUACAUGAAGUCAUUAGGUUAACUUUGUAAUGUAUCACACAUAUUCACUGUUACUAAUGAAUGGUAAUUUGUUGAGUUACCCCUUUACUGUGGAUUUCGUUUUACUGAAGCCACAUGGGUCUAUAGAACUGGCUAGUUGAAACUUUAUGAAGGAAAACUUGAUUCUAGUGAUGCCUUUUGCUUAUUUAGUCUCUUCUCUGAUAUUAAUAGAGCAACUUUUUUCUGAUUAUUGCUGCAUGGCUUAUCUCUUUCCAUUUUUUUUAACUUUGAAUGUUUCUGUGCUUUUUUAUAUGUUGGAUAUGCCACUUGGAAAUCACAUGUAAUAUUGUUUAAUCCAGUCUAAUAAUCCAUUUUAACAGGAACAUUAGCCUUUUAAUGCAUGGUUGCUGAUUGCUUUAGAUUUAAAACUAUUUUUAAUUUCAUUUGAUUUCAAUUGUUAUUUCCUAUUAUGUCUUCAGACUGUAUAAGAAUUAUUCUACUUGAAUUCUAUUAUAAUUAUUCUAUUUUCCUUUCUAAUUUGAAAAUUAUAUUCUCUUAGACUGAAUUAAAACCUAUUUUUUGAGCUAGGGCCUAGCUAUAUAGAUUAGAUUAGCCUCUAACUUGCUGUCUUCCUGCCUCAGCCUUCCAGCUGUUGGAAUUACAAGUAUGUGCCACCACAUCCAACUUAAAAGAUAUUUUUGUUAGGAAUACAUUUCUUGGAUGGGUCCCAUGUUCUUUUGUCACAACAAACCACCUGUCUUGGAAUUUUACUCUAUAUCCAUGUAUUUGUUUAAUAUAUAUUUUAAAGACUUCUUUUAAGGUUUGCUUCUGUAUCUUUGGUUUACUUGUGUUUUAUUACAAAGUAUCUUAGUGUAGACAAUUGUUUUAGUAAUCUUAUCUUGGUUUCUUUGUGCUCCUGUAGUUUUGGCUCUAUGUCUCAGUAAACUAGUGCUGAGAUAGUAGAUAUACAGCCUUCUCUUCCAGGAUUUAAAUAAAGGUGUAUUUGACCUUC